AUGAAUAUUAUCAUUUGGAAUUGUCGAGGGGCGUUGAAGCCCUCCUUUCAAAAACAUGUUAGUGAGCUGGUUCGGAUUCAUAAUCCAGUGAUGAUGGUAAUUUUGGAGACCCGUGUUGGGGGUGACAGGGCAAAAGGAAUCAUUGACAGAUUGCCUUUUGAUGGCUCAGUUCAUACGGACACCAUUGGGUAUACGGGUGGUUUCUGGAUGUUGUGGGAUUCAGAAAGGGUGGAUGUCAAUCCGUUGGCUAACACUGAGCAGGAAAUUCAUGCUAUAGUUAAGGUACGUAAUGCAAAUUCUAGCUGGCUUUUUACUGCUGUAUAUGCUAGUCCUAGAACUGAUGAAAGACAUAUUUUAUGGAAUAAUCUUAUUAAAACUGCUGAGUUACAUGAUUUGCCAUGGGUUGUGGUGGGCGAUUUUAAUGAACCUUUGUCGGGGGAAGAUAAAUUCGGGGGAAGAGCAGUGAGUGUCAGUAGAUUGUUGUUGUUUAAAAAGUGUCUUGAUAAAUGUAAUAUGAUUGAUAUUGGGUUUUCGGGCCCCCGAUUUACUUGGACUAAUAGAAAAGAUAUUCAAGCACUUAUACAGGAAAGAAUAGAUAGGGUUUUUGUUAACCCCAACUGGUGUUUAUCGUACCUGGAAGCUCGGGUGGUCCAUCUUACCAGAUGCCAUUUCGAUCACUGCCCUAUUCUUUUGGAGAUGCAACUGAUAAUUAAUAUGGGGAGAAAGAGGCCUUUUAGAUUCCAGACAUGCUGGCUGUCUGAACCUUCUUUCCCUUCUAUUGUGUCAAGAGCGUGGAGUGAUUCACCUGCUCUGGGAAAGGCAGUUAACAGAUUUACCCAGGCAGCAAUUAGGUGGAAUGCUUCUCAUUUUGGCAAUAUCUUUACUAGAAAAAAGAACAUUAUGGCUAGGAUCAAUGGGAUUCAACGGGCACUAUCUAUGAGACCUUCUGCUUUCCUUGUAAAUUUGGAGAAUGAGCUCCUUAAGGAGCUAGACAGAGUGUUAAGCCAAGAAGAGGAGCUUUGGGCGUUAAAGUCCCGCCCGUGUUAA